UGCUGUGCAGUUUUCGCCUGGUUUCCCUGCCCGCUGGUUGCCGAUCACUGCCCCGCGCCCUGCUCGUGUCAGCCGAGCCUUAAUAAAGGAGCGACGCCUUGGUGUUUCCAGUGAUCUGACUGGUCAGCUGUUGGGCUGUUGGCAGGCUUUGAUCCGAUCCUCUGAAGUUCACCUGCGCCAGAGCGGCACAGGCUACCGGGGUGAUUCAGGAAAACCCGAGUGGCGCACAAAGAGCUGGAUGACCGACCGAUCUCGCAUCGCGGUACAGGCCCCUGGAGUCCAAUCCGAACAGGGAAGGAGAGACAACUCUCCUGUGGGAUCUCGGUGCGGAUUUGUGUCGGAUUAUUUGCAGCCGGUUUGGACUGUGAAUGAGGAAACCUGGAUCAAAAUGGCAGUGAAUUUGAGUAAGAAUGGUCCUGCACUCAUGGCCGCUUAUAAAGAAGUGGUGGACAGCAAGCUGGGUACAAACUGGGCGCUGUUUACUUAUGAAGGCAACAGUAAUGACAUUCGCCUGGCAGAGAAGGGAGAUGGUGGAUUAGAGGAGAUGGUGGAGGAGCUGAACAGUGGGAAGGUGAUGUACGCUUUCUGUCGGGUCCAGGACCCCAACUCUGGUCUCCCCAAAUACGUCCUCAUAAACUGGACAGGCGAAGGCGUGAAGGACUCUCGGAAAGGGAUAUGUGCCAACCACGUGGGCUCCAUGGCCAACUUCCUCAAGGGGGCCCAUGUGACUAUCAACGCCCGGGGGGAGGAGGACGUGGAGCCGGAGACCAUCUUGGCAAAAGUGGCCAAAGCGUCUGGGGCGAACUUCAAUUUCUACAAACCAACAGAAUACAGAGACGCACCCAGAGGACCUGUGGGCUCAGUGUAUCGCAAGGUCAAUGCUGUGGAGGAAAUUCAAGAAACCAAGAAGAGCGACUUCUGGGUCCAAACUCAGAGGGAGGAAGAGGUCCGUCGCCGGGAGGAGACCAGACGAGCAGAGCUGGAGAGGCAAAGGCUGGAGAGGGAGAGGAGGGAGAUGGAGGAGAAGCGGGCGAAGCAGAUGGAACAGGAGAAGAUUUACCAGAAGCAGAGAGAAGAAGAGGAGAGAGAGAGGGAGCAACUGCGACCGACCCAGCAGGAAAAAGAGAAGGAGAAGAAGACAGGCGUCAACUCUGCGGCAUCCGUGCAGAAAGCCAAUGAGGCCAGAUCACUGAUUUCUCAGAGAACAUUUAACCCAAGAGACGUGUUCAAGCAGAGGGAGCAGAGCUUCGAGGCCAACGAGAGAGCGUCUGCUGCUGCUCCCAGACCUGGGAAGCUGCAGAGUCCGUUUCUAUCCCAGACAUCCCCUGAGAGCCAAGCCCCGCCGCAGCCUCUGUAUCCCCCGGCUCCAGCUGCGCUCCCGACCUCUCCCACGACCCCUGCGGUGUCUCGCUCGCCUGCGGCAGCUGUCUCCCGCACGCCAGCAGGGACCACAGACACGACCUUCGCGGAGGAGGAGGAGGAGGGGUGGUCCGACGAGUUUGACGACGACGCGGAAGAAGCCGCUCCAGAGGAGUGCGCGGCAGAAGACGACGUGUACGAAGAACAAACGCCGGCCGGGACGGAGGAGGAGGACCUGUAUGAGAACGUGUACCAGGACGGCCACACAGCUGAAGACCGGGCCGCGGACGUGAAUGGACAGAACGUCCGCGCCAGAGCUCUGUAUGAUUACCAGGCUGUGGACGACACCGAGCUCACCUUUGACCCGGACGACAUCAUAACCGGGAUAGAGAUGGUGGAUGAAGGUUGGUGGAGAGGCUACGGACCUGGGGGACACUACGGCCUGUUUCCCGCCAAUUACGUGGAGCUUCUCUAACUUUCACCGCCCUCCGUCUGGUGGAUCGCAGAGUUCUGGUGCAAACAUUUUUCAGAAAACCGGGAGGCGGAUGCAUGAAAAUGAAAAAUAUUUCUCAUCAAUAAACUUGUUUGUCGUGUCUCUGUCCAAAUCUCUCAUUGUUUAACAGACUGUCGUAAAAAUCACUAUGAAUAGGCUCCUAUCAGUCUUCAUGUCUGGUGUGUGU